GUGGUCCUCUGGAUAUCUCAACGCCCGGCACUGUGUGCGCUUUUCUCUGCUUGGCGAGCGCCUUGUACCCAAUAACCUAUCAAACGCCAAGCAGAAUAAUGCGUCACAUCAAAGAUUUACUACUGUUGCCAGGCCUGAGCGUGCUCUGUGCAUUUCUCUUGCAUUUCUGUGCGAUACCUUUUGUGAACGCCGAGCUAUACGUGACCAAUCCAAGGAAUAGGGCUCCGUGCACGGGUGGACAGGCCUGCACAGUCACUUGGCUCGAUGAUGGGCAAGUCCCGCUCCUAGCGACCAUAGGGCCGUGUACUGUUGGACUGUACCACGGACAGGAGCAACUUGUGCAAACCAUCGAUCCCGUCGACGUCUCCAGCGUACAUUCUCUUACAUUUUUGCCUGAUGCUCAAGCAGGUCCGGAUUCGGACACCUACUACAUCGCUUUCACCUCGCUCUCCCUCCCGAACCCAUCGAACGCAAGCUUUGCGUAUCAAGCCUUCUCUCCGUUCUUCGCACUCUCCGGCAUGUCCGGCUCGUUUGAUACACCUGUCGCGUCAGACACCUCCAGCAAACCCAUACCAUCGACACUCACUCAAAGUACUACUUCUCCCGCAUCGACAACUAGCAUCAGCGUCAUCGGCACGCUCCAGUCAGCUAGCUCAAUAACCUCGCUUACACCCUCCGUCACC